AUGGUCGGCCAUGAGUACGCCCAAGAUCGGGCACACGAACUUAGCCAGAGGUGGUUCCUCCUCUACCGCAGCCAUAGCCGACCACGCCAGCGAGUUGGGCUCCGGUACCGGUUGAGGUGGUGGAAGAGCAGUAACAGGGACACCACAUCGUCGCCAAUGGCGUCUGCCGGCUUGGUGCAGAUCAGCGACAAGAAGGAGCUGGAGGCACUCCCGACCGUCGACGGCGGCGAGGUGCGCGAGCUCAUGAGCUCCGGCCACCACUACCUCGACGUCAGGCUGGGGAAGGAUUUUGACAAGGCGCAUGCUGACGGUGCUCGCAACAUCUCCUACUACCUCUCAGUCACUCCCAGUGGGAAGGAGAAGAACCCACACUUUGUCGAUGAAGUAGCUGAAAUAUUUGGCAAGGAUGAGCACCUCAUUGUGGGUUGCAACACAGGCUUUCGGUCUAGGCUUGCGACUAAAGACCUUCUCGAUGCGGGAUUCAAGAAUGUGAGGAACCUGAAAGGUGGUUACCAAUCGUUUCUCCAAAGUGAAAACCAGCAGCCUGCAGCACAUCAGCAGUAACCUUCAACAACAAUGGCUCCCUUUUAAAACGGUCGUAAAGAAGAAUAAAUCAGGAUCACUUGGAUCUGAGCUCGAUCGGAGACUUUGCAGUGUGUGUUUGAUUUAGCAGGAUGUUCUUGAUGUUAUCAACCAAUAAACCUUCAGAAAUAGUGCUGCCAUAACAUCUUUCUGAAGUGUCAGUCAGUGAGGCUGAUGCCAUGUCAAUAGCUUCUGUUGUUCUCCAUUGCUACUCCUGUAAUUUUCUGUUAUAUUCAUCAAGUUGACCGUAAUUUUACUAAGCUGUCAUUUUCUUAGUGUAACUAUC